ACACUGACUGCCAGAAGGAAAGGAAGAGUAUAACAAUUCUAAAUGAUACACCAACCAUUUUACCAAGACUUUAAAUAACUAUAAACUAAGACCUCCAAACUUUAAACAGAAAGAAGAACAAAGAAGAAACUAUAAACAAAGACCAUAUUGUUCUUCAUGAUUUUACAUUAUAAAGGUGUCCCUGUGUGUAAUUGUGAGAAUGAGAAAGAGAAGAGAUGGAAUGGAUGUCUGGUCACAAGGAUGUUCUGCCGUUCACCACCAUGAUUAUCGUGGAGUGCAUCAAAGUGGGGUCAGGCGUCUUCUUCAAGGCAGCUGCCUUAAGAGGGUUGAGCUACUAUGUUCUCAUUGUCUACUCUUAUGCAAUUGCCACCAUUCUCCUCCUCCCUCUGCUUUUCAUCUUUCGCAGAACAGGGCUUCCACCAUUCAAGCUCUCUCUCAUAUUUAAACUCUUCCUCCUUGGGAUAAUCGGGUUUUCGGGUAGUUUAUGUGUAUAUAAAGGUAUAGAAUACAGUUCACCAACUCUUGCUUCAGCUAUUGGUAACCUUUCCCCAGCUUUUAUCUUCAUACUUGCUGUAACCUUCAGUAUGGAAAGACUAAAUUGGAGAAGCAGAAGCACACGAGCCAAAGUGAUGGGUACUCUAGUAUCAAUAUCAGGCGCACUAGUAGUAGUGCUCUAUAAGGCGCCCAACAAUUCUAUCACCUACGACUCCAUCCAUUCUCGGAAUGUCAGAAAGGAGUGGGUAAAAGGUGGCUUAUUACUUACUCUUGGAUACCUUCUCUUCUCUAUGUGGGCUAUCCUUCAGACCCAUAUCAUGAAGACAUACCCAGAUGAGCUAGUUCUGGCCUUCUUAUACAACUUGUGUGGGACAAUUGUAUCAGCACCAACAUGUUUGAUAGCAGAGAAAAACUUGAUUGCCUGGAUAUUAACACCCGGUAUACCAUUGCUUGCCACUAUAUACCCAGGGUCCUUUGUUUUAUCCUUUGGCAUCCUUGUUCACAUAUGGGGCAUGCACAUGAAGGGUCCUGUGUAUGUAGCAAGCUUCAAGCAAUUAUCAAUUGUUAUUGCUGCUGCUUCGAGUUUCAUAUUCCUUGGUGAUGCUCUGUAUCUCGGCAAUGUUGUUGGAGCUAUAGUACUCUCCAUAGUAUUUUAUGCUGUUAUAUGGGGAAAGGCAAAAGAAGAAAAAAUGAAUGAAGACUGUGUCUUACCAAUAGGUAAGACACCUUUGUUGGUAGGCUACAAAUCGGUUGAAAAUAUGUGACACUGUGUAAGAUGAAAUACUAGCUGAUUAAAUUUCCAGCACUUACUCCUCAAGAACAGACUAGGAAUAAAUGUUUAAUAUCCUCUGCCACUGAAUUUUUCUUCUUUUUAUCAUUUGGGUGCAAACCCAUGUAUUGUUGAAGGAUAUCGACAUAAUGUGUGCCUCUACAAACUAGGGUUUAGAGUUGUAAUAGGAAAGUAUCCUAGGUAUACUAAUUGUAUUCCGAUUCUGUUACCUUUUGUGUAC